AAGCGCAGGCAGAGCCUGAACGCACUCGGGCUGACGUCUUCAUCUUAGCUUCGUUUCCUCCGCGCCUAACUGCACGCCGAGCCUGCGCCGCGGGUGCAAAGAUGGAGGAUCUGAGGGCGUUUUCAAAGUGGGACAGCAAGGAUGUGAGGGGGGUCUUCAAAGUGGGACACAAGUGACGUCAGGAGCCUUCUAGAAGGAAGCAGCCUGGCGGUGGAGGGGCCGUGUUGUGUUGUUGUGCUGUGUCCAACCUGCCUGCACCUUCUCGGAAAGUCAGGCCUUGUUUGCGCCCGCAGAGAGAGUCAUGUGGAACCAAGGCGACAGUGGCGAGCAGACGGGUCAGGUGACCGCCAGGAUGGAGACCACGCCGCCGCUGGGGAGCGCCAGCAUCUCCGUCUCCCAGCAGCAGGCGCCCAAGAAGUUUGCCCCCAUGGUGGCGCCCAAGCCCAAGUUCAACCCGUACAAGCACACGGGGGAAGCCACCUUCUCGGAGAGCGCGGCGGACUACCCUCUUCCUCCGCCGCCCGCAGAAGACACCAGCCGCCUCCCGUCCUCCUUCCCGCCUCCCCCGCCCGCCAACUCCUACGAUUACCAGGUGGGCGGAGCCGGGAAGACACUGGAGGAGCGGCGCUCGAGUCUGGACGCUGAGAUCGACUCCCUGACCAGCAUCCUGGCCGACCUGGAGAGCAGCUCACCUUACAAGCCCAGACCCCAGGCAGAAAUCGGGAAUGUGAAAUGUGACAGACUCUUUCUGUCGUCGGACGGGUUCAAUGGACCACCCAGGAAGGACAUGGCUUUUGAGCAGACCACCGGACCCUCCACCGUGUCCACCCCCAGCGCCCCGGUGACGGGCUACAGGCGCAUGGUCAUCCCCACCCAGCCGCCUCUGACCGCCACCAAGAAGUCCACGCCCAAACCUCAGGCUCUGGUCGGCGGCGGCGGCUCCUCCACGCUCCCCGCCAAGCUCCAUCAGAGCCCGGUGGCCGCCUCUUACGCCACCGCCUCCACGCCCAGCCAGCCCACCUUCAACGUCCAGGUGAGGUCGGCCCAGCCCAGCCCGCAGCACCAGGCGCCCGGCGGCCAGCAGCAGCAGCCACCGCCGCCGCGUGGCCCCGCCCAGCUCCAGUACGCCCAGCCCAAAGGACCCGACUUCGCCUACGGGCCGCCUCAGCCAGGCUUUUCCCCGCCGACUCAGGGCGGCUACCAGGAGCAGAACCAGCAGGGCUUCAGGAGGGCCGACGCCUACCAGGCGGCAGGACCCAAGAAGACCUACAUCACGGACGAGCCGCAGAACCUGACCCCGUACUUGUCCGGACCUGUGGUCCCACCCAAGAGCGCCGCCGUCCCCGUGGCCCACCCCGAGGACGAGCUGGAGCGCCUGACCAAAAAGAUGCUCUUUGACAUGGACAACCCUCCAUCAGAGGAAUACUUCGGGCGCUGUGCCAGCUGCGGGGAGAACGUGGUGGGCGAGGGCACCGGCUGCACGGCCAUGGAUCAGGUGUUCCACGUGGACUGCUUCGUCUGCAUGACCUGCAGCAGCAAGCUGCGCGGCCGGCCCUUCUACGCCGUGGAGAAGAAGGCCUACUGCGAGCCCUGUUACGUGAACACCUUGGAGACGUGCACCAUCUGCAUCAAGCCCAUCAUGGAGCGGAUCCUGCGUGCCACGGGCAAGGCUUACCACCCUCACUGCUUCACCUGCGUGGUUUGCCAGCGCAGCCUGGACGGCGUUCCUUUCACCGUGGACGCCUCCAACCACAUCCACUGCAUCCACGACUUCCACAAGAAGUUUGCUCCUCGCUGCUGCGUGUGCUCAGAACCCAUCAUGCCUGCUCCCGGCCAGGAGGAAACCGUUCGUAUCGUCGCCCUGGAUCGUGACUUCCACGUGCACUGUUACCGCUGUGAGGACUGCGGCUCCCUGCUGUCGGAGGGAGACAACCAGGGCUGCUACCCUCUGGAUGACCACGUCUUGUGCAAGAAGUGCAACUCGGGUCGCAUCCAAGCUCUGACCGCCAAGACCACCACUGACCUCUGAACGACUCCGCCCACAACUGUGACCAACUUUCCCUCCCCCGCCUCCCCUCCCCCGCUCGCUUGCACGCUAGCUUACCACCAGUAUCAAUGUAUACUUUGUUUUUUUACGCUUCAAUGUUACAGUUAGCUUAGCAUUUAGCAUCAGUUAGUCACCUUUGUCUGCCUUUUAUGCUAAGCUAAGCUAGCAUUUAGCCUCGAAUCGCUUUUAACUUGUAACGAUUGUUCACCUUUGCCCGAGUUUGGAGGGAAAACAAUAAUAAUAAUAACACAAAUAUGAAUAUGCAACCUCUCCUUGUUCCGCUUUGGUGUCACGAGCUAGCUCGCUAAGCGCUAGCGUGGUGUGUACGUGUCGGAUGGAUGUGCAACUUCUUUCAAACUUGAAUUUCAUGGACACUUUAAGACUUUUAGCCACUGAGGACAUAUUUCACAUCCACACCGCCUGGAAGUGUCCUGCUAGCGCCAAGCUAAUGGUACGCCGCCAACCUUUCGGGCUCCUUUGCCAGGAUUGCGGUUGACUUUUCAACCAUGUCACCUGGCCGGAUGUCAUUUGGCCAAGUGUCAUGUGGAUAGGUGUCACAUGGACAGGUGUCACCUGGACGGUUGUCACCUGGAAGAGUGUCACGUUGGCCAGGUGUCACCUGGACAGGUGUCACCUGGACGGUUGUCACCUGGAAGGGUGUCACGUUGGCCAGGUGUCACCUGGAAGGGUGUCACAUUGGCCAGGUGUCACCUGGACAGUUGUCACCUGGAAGGGUGUCACGUUGGCCAGGUGUCACCUGGAAGGGUGUCACAUUGGCCAGGUGUCACCUGGAUGGGCGUCACGUGGGACAGGUGUCACAUGGACAGGUGCCACGUGGAUGGGUGUCACCUGGACGGGUGUCAUGUGGACAGGUGUUACCUAGAUGGGUGUCACCUAGAGAGGUGUCACAUGGACAGGUGUCACAUGGAUGGGUGUCACCUGGAUGGGUGUCACGUGGGACAGGUGUCACAUGGACUGGUGCCACGUGGACGGGUGUCACCUGGACGGGUGUCACGUGGACAGGUGUUACCUAGAUGGGUGUCACCUAGACAGGUGUCACAUGGACGGUUGUCACCUGGAUGGGUGUCACGUGGGACAGGUGUCACAUGGACGGGUGUCACGUGGACAGCUGUUACCUAGAUGGGUGUCACCUAGACAGGUGUCACAUGGACAGGUGUCACAUGGAUGGGUGUCACCUGGACGGUUGUCACCUGGAUGGGUGUCACGUGGGACAGGUGUCACGUGGACGGGUGUCACCUCGACAGUUGUCACCUGGAAGGGUGGACAGGUAUCACCUGGACGGUUGUCACGUCUACAUCACACCCGUCCAGGUAACACGUGGAUCACAUUGACGGGUGUGACGUGGACGGGUGUCACGUGAACAGGUGUUACCUAGAUGGGUGUCACCUAGACAGGUGUCACAUGGACAGGUGUCACAUGGACGGGUGUCACCUGGACGGUUGUCACGUGGAUGGGUUUCACGUGGGACAGGUGCCACGUGGACGGGUGCCACUUGGACGGGUGUCACCUGGACGGUUGUCACCUGGAAGGGUGUCACGUUGGCCAGGUAACACCUGGACAGGUGUCAUGUCUAUGUCACACCCGUCCAGGUAACACGUGGAUCACCUUGACGCGUGUGACGUGGACAGGUGUCACCUGGACGGGUAUCACAUGGACAGGUGUUACCUAGAUGGGUGUCACCUAGGCAGGUGUCACAUGGAUGGGUGUCACCUGGACAGUUGUCACGUGGACAGGUGUUACCUAGAUGGGUGUCACCUUGACAGGUGUCACAUGGAUGGGUGUCACCUGGACGGUUGUCACCUUGACGGGUGUGACGUGGAUGGGUGUCACCUGGACAGGUGUCAUCUGGACAGUUGUCACCUGGAAGGGUGUCACGUUGGUGUCACCUGGACGGGUGUCACGUCUAUGUCACAACCGUCCAGGUGACACGUGGAUCACCUUGAUGGGUGUGCCGUUGACGGGUGUCAACUGGAUUGGUGUCACCUGGACAGGUGUCACGUUGGACGGGUGUUACCUGGACUGGUGUCACUUUGGACAGGUGUCACCUGGACGGGUGUCAUGUGGACGGAUGUCACCUGGACGAGUAUCAUAAGGGGACCGCAAAAUGUUUCAACUCGGCGUUAGCCGCCGCUAGUUAGCCGCGCCUAUUUUAAUAUAAAUGUGAAAACAAAAUAGUAUAAUCGUGAAACUAUUCCUAUCAAUCGCGCCGGAGAUUUUUGUAACCGUUGUGUUUAUUUUAUUCAAUGUGUCGCGCCGAAAAGAACAACGUAAAUAAUAAAUGCAGUGUAACUUAUCGCGGGGGGGAAAAACUUUGCGAAAAAAACGAAUUGCUUCGCAAGUAAAAAUCGCAAAUAGUUUGAGAGCAGCAAAUAUUAGCUUGCUUGGAAUUUAGGUGUUUUAUAUUUGAUGCUGGCAUUGCUCGGACAAAAGAUUAAGAAAGUUAUUGUAUUGUUAAUAAAAACAAAACGCCUUAAAUUGGAGUUUUUCUUUGCCUUCAAGUGCCUUCUGCCCAGGAAAAGACCAAACUGUGUUGCCUUGACCAAAGUAAACAAACAAAAUGGCCGCCUGUUUGCUUGGUUUACUUCUUUCAAUAAAAACAACUUUGCAACUGCA